AGUCAAAACACUUCACCAUUCGCAUCGCACGCCUCUUGUUCUUCUCUCCUUCUCAGAUCGUCUUCGCUCCGCUCCACCGCUGCUGUGGACGCCGCGUAAAACUCCUUCUAGCGUCGGCCAUCGACAUCGCCACCGACUUCCCUCUACCAGGUCGUCUUCCUCGGUUGAUCUACACAAUCAUAAUGGUUGAGGUAGAGCAAGAGGCAAAUAAAACCACUCUGCUAGAGGAAGCAAACCCGAAAUCCAGCGAUGAAAGGACAGAAAAUAGGAAGAAGAAAAGGAAGAGACAGUUAUUAAAGGAAGCUGCAAUGGCCGACAAACGUGGGGUUUGCUACUUAAGUCGGAUUCCUCCACACAUGGAUCCUUUGAAGCUACGACAGAUUCUCUCUCAGUAUGGAGAAAUUCAAAGAAUUUACCUUACACCUGAAGAUCCUGUGGCUCAGGUGCAUCGUAAACGAGCUGGUGGAUUUCGAGGAGUAGAAUUUUCGGAAGGGUGGGUUGAAUUUUCUAAAAGAAGUAUCGCCAAGAGGGUUGCAAAGAUGUUAAAUGGUGAACAAAUAGGUGGGAGGAAGAGGUCAGCGUUCUUUUAUGAUCUUUGGAAUAUCAAGUACUUGAGUAAAUUCAAAUGGGAUGAUCUUACUGAGGAGAUUGCUUACAAGAAUGCUAUUCGGGAGCAGAAAAUGGCAUUAGAAAUUUCUGCUGCCAAGAGGGAGAGGGAUUUCUAUCUCUCUAAAGUUGAUCAGUCUCGUGCUUUGAUUUCUAUAGAAGAAAGAAUGAAGAAGAAGCGAAAGCUCCAACAAGAGUCAGGGAUGACUUCUGAGCUACCACAAGAAAAACAGGCACCAAAGGUCAUUCGGCAAUUCCCACAAACAAAGCCAGUUAGUGCUGGACAAAGCAAGCCUAGGCUCUCAAGAGACAUUCUGGCUGGAGUGUUUGGUGGUUCUUGAAGUUUGAUAUUGAGGUCAAAUUACCUCAUGGUUUGAUUUCUUUGCUUAUUGGUUGCUUCUGUGAGAAAGAUAAUUGUUUAUUUUAUCUCUAGAACUUAUAUGUAGCUUGAUUAGUCAAUUGAUAAUUUACUUGUACCAUCUGAAUUAUGAAACAACAAUUUCUGAAAGGACAAUGCAGUGCUUCAACUAGUUGUACUGUACAAUUGAUUAAUGCACUGGAAUCAAUGAUCAUAUAUCA